AUGAGUUGUCAAGCAUUUACUUCAUCUGACACCUUUGUACCCUUGAAUUCGGACUCUUCUGCUGCUCUGCCACUGAUGAUGCAUCAUAGUGCUGCAGAGUGCUUGCCAGUCUCCAGCCAUGCCACUAAUGUCGUGUCUACAGUCCCGUCUGUUUUGUCUUUGAUCCAAACUCCUAAAUCUUCCCAUUUAUGCUUCUCCAUGACGACUUUGGGAAACACACCGGCAGGUCUUCAUUAUUCAGUCCCUUCUUGUCAUUAUGGAAACCAACAGGCUACCUAUGGAGUGAUGGCAGGCAUCAAGCCUGCUACUCCAGAGAUGUUAUCAGCAAGUCUCUCCCAGAGUCGAAUUUUACAGACAUGCAGCAUGUCCCAUCCCAAUGUGGUAAAUGGAGUUGGCACUCUACAAAGCAACCUGACUCCUUGCCUUUAUAAAUUCCCUGAACAUGCCCUGAGUGCCAGUUCCUGUGCUCUGAGCCAUGGCUUCACACCCAUGCACCAGACUAUCCUUGGAGAUGAUCCAACCACUACUGACUUCAAGCAGGAAUUCCGUAGAAAACCCAAGUCUGUUGAAGAGCCAAUAGAUAUGGAUUCCCCUGAAAUCAGGGAACUGGAGAAGUUUGCCAAUGAGUUCAAACUCAGGAGAAUUAAACUGGGCUAUACACAAACAAAUGUUGGAGAAGCCCUGGCUGCUGUGCAUGGCUCUGAAUUCAGUCAAACGACUAUCUGCCGAUUUGAAAAUUUGCAGCUGAGCUUCAAGAAUGCCUGCAAACUGAAAUCAAUACUGUCCAAGUGGCUGGAGGAAGCAGAACAAGUAGGAGCUUUGUACAAUGAAAAGGUCGGAGUGAAUGAGCGAAAAAGGAAGCGCAGAACUACCAUAAGCAUUGCUGCAAAAGAAGCUCUAGAGAGACACUUUGGAGAACAAAGUAAACCUUCUUCUCAAGAGAUCAUGAGGAUGGCUGAAGGGCUCAAUCUUGAGAAGGAAGUUGUCAGAGUUUGGUUUUGCAAUCGACGACAAAGGGAAAAAAGAGUGAAGACAAGCUUACACCAGAACACCUUUAACGCUAUUAUCAAGGAACAUCAUGAGUGCCGGUAAAGCUUCCUUGUGCGUAGUUACUGAUUGGGGGACAGGGGUCUCUAGGAUUUUUAAAUUAUUAUUUUUUAAAGAAAUACUUUGUUAUCUGAAAAACGGAGCAGCAAACCAUUUGAUCCCUUUAAAAAUCAGUACAUUUCAGCUAUAAAAUACAGUUGUUGCUUUUAGUGGGUUAAAAGGAUGAAAAUAUUUUUAAGGCACUGUAUGCAUUUGUGGAUGGGAAGCCAUUGCUUAGUCAGAAGUAAUUUAAUAGGUAUGACUUGGUUAUAAAUGUCUGACAAACUGCACAAUAAGUACUUUUCAUGUACUGUGUCUUUCUGUAGUAAUACUGACUGGUUAAUAUUUAUUUUAAAUUUGAAGCUCUGGAACCAAAACCUUUGUAUUAAAUACAAGAAGAGGUUACUUACUGUAGCUUUUGAGAGAAUGUUGACUCUGACUAUUCACAUCUGUGUAAUUUGCCACCCUCCGAUGGCAGUCAUCUUUGAGGACCUUCCAGGAAAGCCAAAACUAUUGGGACCACAAAAAGGGCUGCUUUGCAGCAUGAAACAUUGAGAGCCAAGUUGUUUCCUCCCCACUAAAAAACUGCAACACCACUGUGGGGUUAGAACUCUGAAGAACAUAACAAGUGAACAGGUAGUUUAGAUAAUACAGAGACAACAUUACUGCAGAACUAGUUACACCAGUCUGUCUUCUUCAAAGCGGCCCCUGCAUAUUCCAUUUUGUGGGAAUCUAGCUGGCAAUAUUGAAUGUUGAGGGAUUAUACUUGAAGAGAUCUAAGAACAGGCUUUCCAGAGCAAGGAUGAACUCUAGCUGCUGAAUCAAAGAACACAGGAAACAGCUUUGAAUAUUACUAGGAUGGAGACAUUAUAGAAGCAUGCUGUGAAUACAACCUUAACUGUAGCAGAAUGUAUUUUACGACACCUCAAGUACUGACACUCUAGCUAGUGUGUGAUAUAGCCCAAUCCACAGUCUAAUCCACUUGGACUGGUUCUGAGUGAAAACACUACGUGCAAAUUAGUCCCAAAUGCUAAGAAGCAUCUUGCUGCUUUAUAAAUGCCUUAAAUCUAGGUACAUCAAAACUUUAAUUUAUGGUAUACUCGAACAGGGUAUGUGGUGCUUUGCUUUUACUGUUGAGAAUGUGCCUUAGAAGAGAAACCUAGGGAGACGGCUGUCAGGCUUCUCUAUGCAUAGAUCUGUUCCUGAUCAACUUUGCGUGUGGAAUAAGUUAAAUAAGAAGGCAGCAUGCUUACUCUAGAAUAAAAUUGUCUACACAUGGAGAUAUUCAGAAACAGCUUUUGUACUUUGAUUCACACUCUCUAUUAAUCCAUAUUAGUUUUCAAGUGAAGACAAGCCGGUCUUCUAGUCUACAGUCAAAAUGGUGUCCUAACUCCAUCUCCUUGGAGGCAAGGGAGUGUAGGAAACUGAAACAGUGACAACACCACUUACCAGUAACAGAUAGUCAUGCAAUCUCUUUAACAUGGUUCUCAUUAAUUAGCAUUAUAACAAGAAGUAAUGUUUGUACAUUUCAAGCUUAGUGUUUUCCCAGGACUAAAAUGAAAGGAACACAUACAUGGUGAGAGAAAAUUUAAAAAAAAAUUAAAAAAAAUUAGAUAAUGGAUCUAGAAAGAAAAGGUUAGGAUGUUCAAGGCCACUAUAAGUACAUACCAAAGAGAAAGUAUUCACCCUAAUGCCCCCUGAGUACUUUAGCAGUUAUGGGAGUCAUCCUAGGCAGAUUAAACAAAGGAAUACAGGGCACAACUAUAUGUUUACUGCGGAGCUGACUAAUUAGUUCUGCAAUAAACGUCUUGGCAUCACAGGAAACUAAUAAACUCCACAGCAGGGUAGUACUUGUAAAUACAAAUACUACCCUGCUGCAGUACACAUGUAGAUGCUGACGUCCCACAGGCUGGGGCAUGAGGGUGCCUCAGUGCAUGGGCUGCCUGCCGGCUAGCUCCACACUGAAGCACCCUUGUUACCCCAGCCAGCCCCUCCACAGCACACUGAGCCAGAUCAGAGCAACCCCAGGCUGGCAGGCUGACCUCCCCUGCCAGAUGAGGCUGCUCCAUCCCAGCUCAAGGUGCUGCAGUCUCAGGUGUACAUGUAAACCUGGUGCCCCAGGAGCAAUCCAGCAUGAUAUGCAUCAGUGUUUAUUGUGUUGUAUUAAUAUGCAUGUGUAGAUGUGCCCAGUUUUCUGAAUUAAGCAAAAGUAUUUUCAUGAAGGAAUUGUAGUGUUGUGCUUUUCAGUAUAAAAGACUAUGGAUUGUUAAAUGGGGGGGGAAGGUAGGGAUUCCAUCCCCCUGCUCACUGGAACAUGUUAUGCAUGGAACUUAACUGUUCCAAUCUACAGGUUAUUUGAACAAGCCUCCCAUAGUAGAAUAAUACCAGUUUUCUAAGAUUAAACCUCAGCCUUUACCUACAUGUGGCCUACUGACAGAAAUGCACUUCCCUAAGAAAAUGGGAACAAUAAGAAAUAAAUGGAAUGCAAUGUCUUAGAAUUGUAACCUUUGAUUAUCUUGCUAUUUAAAUGUAGAAUUGUUGUGUAAUAUAUUGCAUUAUGCAUACGUGGAAAAACUGACACUGUGGUAUAUAUAUAUUUUAAUUAUUUUGCUAGUAGA